AUGCAUUCCGCCUGGACUCUCUUCACUCUCCUCCUUGCCUCCGCUGCACCAGCCCUAGCCGGCAAGUGCGCCGAGCCACGCGACGUCGGUGAAAACCCCAACUGCUUGGGAGGUUCCUACAUGGAGUGUGUUUCCAGAAACAACGCUCUUUGCACAGGCGAAUGCUUCAAUCAGCCUGCCGGAGGUGCUGGUGCUCAAUGCCACACAAGUUGCACUACCAGAAACCAGCAAUACUGCUCUGGCUACUGUAUGAAGAUCAGCAACUGUGACGAGUGCAAGGAGAGUCUCGUAAAGAUGGGAGGUGUUGACGACGAUAAGGUGAACGAGGAUACUUGCAGCCAAGAAGGAGACUCUUACUAUUGCAACUGCGACGCUUAG